AUGUGUUGUUUCUUCUUGCAAAACAAGGGUGCAGAUUCAGUAGAUCGAUCGAUUCCACAAAGGAUGAUGCCUGAUAGAUCUGUGAUUCCGCAAGCAGAUAUAUUCUCCAAUGCACUGCUACCCAAGGCACACAAUAUCCAUGCAUUCACGAUUAUCACUACCCUCAUUUCUGUAUUCCUUAAACCGUUCAAAGUGAGUGUCAAAUUUCUCCUUCCAGCCAAACUUCGCCUCAAUGUCUUAGCGUGCUUCAUUCUGUUUCCCUUCGUCGUAUUCAAACAUGAAGUCAAGAAGAACAUUGUUUGGAUUGUCGUCAUUGGCCACAACAGAAGCUUCCACGCGGAUCUUAUGCCAACUAUUUCCGGGCCCGCCGAUGCUGAAAUGCAAUCUCUUGACAUCAGCGAUCAGAGGGCGGCGUUGUUAUUCGAAUCUGCCGUAAACUUCUCGCGACGCUUCUUUCGAUCUGUUUGUUUGGAAGACCCUCGUAAAUACAUUGCCGUAAAUCACGUAUGCAGGUGA